AUGUGGUCGGAUGCAGACGACGAGAUAUUAAUUGAAGCUAGCCAGAAAUGGGAUCAUAUCGCACAAGAACAGCCAAGCCCUGCAGGCGUUCCAUCAGAACAGCAAAUACCAAAACAGCAAAGCAUAUCAGGUGUGCUACCAGAACAACAAAGCACUGUAGGUGUGCUACCAGACCAGCAAAUCAAUGCAGGCGUGCUACUAGAAGAGCAAAUCACUACAUGCCUCUCACCAGAACAGCAAAGCACUGCAUGCGUGCUACCAGAACAGCAAAUCAUAUCAGGCGUGUCACCAGAACAGCAAAGCAUAUCAGGCGUGUCACCAAAACAGCAAAGCACUGCAGGCGUGCUACCAGAACAGCAAAACACUGCAGGCGUGCUACCAGAACAGCAAAGCAUAUCAGGCUUGUCACCAGAACAGCAAAGCAUAUCAGGCGUGUCACCAGAACAGCAAAGCACUGCAGGUGUGCUACAAGAACAGCAAAGCACUGCGGGCGUGCUACAAGAACAGCAAAGCACUGCAGGCGUGCUACAAGAACAGCAAAGCACUGCAGGCUUACUACCAGAACAGCAAAACACUGCAGGCUUGCUACAAGAACAGCAAAGCACUGAAGGCGUGCUACAAGAACAGCAAACCACUGCAGGCUUGCUACCAAAACAGCAAAACACUGCAGGCUUGCUACCAGAACAGCAAAGCAUAUCAGGCUUGUCACCAGAACAGCAAAGCAUAUCAGGCGUGUCACCAGAACAGCAAAGCACUGCAGGUGUGCUACAAGAACAGCAAAGCACUGCGGGCGUGCUACAAGAACAGCAAAGCACUGCAGGCGUGCUACAAGAACAGCAAAGCACUGCAGGCUUACUACCAGAACAGCAAAACACUGCAGGCUUGCUACAAGAACAGCAAAGCACUGAAGGCGUGCUACAAGAACAGCAAACCACUGCAGGCUUGCUACCAAAACAGCAAAACACUGCAGGCUACGGACUAACGUCUUACGAAAGACAAAUGGACUUUUUAUGUUCAAAUGUCCAAGAGAAAACUACAAAAUCCUAUGUAGAUGAUACAGGAAUAAAAAGAAAGAAACAGAUGUUGUCAAGGAGCCAAUUUACAGAAGGGUUUUUAAUGAGGAAUACAACCUUUCCUUUCACGUCCCCAAGAAAGAUCAGUGUAGCCUAUGCAACAGCCAAUGGGAAACUGUCCUAUCUAUGGCGAGAAGAAAAAAACCCAUACCAUGUGGUUGCUCUGAAAAACUACGACUUCAAAGACUUCAAGGCAGUAAAAUCAUCACAAACAAAAGCUACAAAAACUGAACAGGGCACCAGGCUGAAAUGGACAUCCAUGAAGUGGAUGCGAUUUUUGAAGAACGAACUCGAUGCAUGCUUCUUCAAGUACAGUUUUGACAAUACAGAAGAGUUUCAGAAGGUUAAGCUUGUAAGUAAACGCGAUAUUCACCAAGUACAGCCCUUGUACAAAGCAAAGCUGCCAAUAUCAAGUGCAAAGAAGAAAGACCUCAUCACUUUGUGCAAACAAGGCAUUAUUCCGACAGAAUACCAGGACUUUUACAGGGGUUUAUCGGCCAGUCAAAGUGUAAAGGAAAGGUUACCAGAACCUGAUAAGGAGGAAUCGGACGCGGACACUGAUGUUGAAUAA